AUGAUUGGAUUUGAAUUACGUGAAGUUCACCAUACAUUAUUAUGUAAAAUGGUUAGUAUAACAACUUGUAUUGCAUUGAUUAUUUCUUUAUAUAUAUUCUUUUUUCAAUUUACAUUUGCUUUAGAUAAAGACUUAAUCAAUAAUACAACUCUUUCUCUUCACAAAAAUAAUAUACAACAUCCUGAAGGGACAUGUCAGUCUGAUCCGUAUAAACAUUACACCCCAUUCUCAUUAACUUUAGAAACAGAAGAUGAAAGUUAUUCUUUUUGGUGUUCUCCUUAUAUUCAUUACCAAGUAUUUGUAUUGUGUUUUGGUUGGUUAUUAAAUUCAGGAUUUAUUGCAUUUUGUUAUAUGUAUACUAUUGUAUUUCAUUACAAUACAAAUAAACAACUAUUUAUUUCUUCAAUAUAUUGUGGCUUUCUCGGAGCAUGUGGUAUUUAUGAUAUUGUUAACUGGACACGAAUACAGAAAUUCUGUACAGAAAUUGUACCAAAUAUAACAUAUGGACAACCUUUAAAAUCAUUUACAUGUCAAAGUACUUCAUAUCUUGUUUUUGCAAUAUCUGAAUUAGUGUGUUCUAUAAUGAUUAUCUUAAAUUAUAUUGUAUUAUCAUAUUUUUAUAAUAAAUAUUCUAAACAAAAUGUUUUCUCUUUUACUUCUACUGUUGUUAUUAAUGAUGAGGCUCCAAUAGGAAGUCCAAUAAUCAAUGAUAAGCAAUAA